CGACCUGAGCACUUGCAUGAUGAGCUCUGCUGUGCUUCUGGCGGCGCUGUGCUGGGCGCUGGGCGCCGCGACGCCCCAGGGAUCGCCGGCGUCGCUGCUGCUGCGGCGCCUGGAGACGCCGGGCGACCAAGAGGCCACCCCCACCACCACGCAGGCGACUCCCAAGCUGCCCAGGCCCGAGCUGUACAGCCUGCACGUGGUGUCGCACGUGACCUACAGGUUCGCCACCACAGUCAUCUCGAGCAGGGUCGCCAACCCCGCCAACGCAUCCCAGGAGGUGUUCUUCUCCGUGGUGCUGCCCGAGACGGCCUUCAUCUCCGGCUUCCUCAUGGAGGUGGACGGCAAGCAGUACGAUGCCUACGUCAAGGAGAAGGCCGAGGCGAGGCGCGACUACGACCAGGCGCUGGUCACCGGCCAGGCGGCCGCGCACGUAGCUCUCAGCGCUCGGGACUCGAACCGGUUCACGGUGUCGGUGAACGUGGAGCCGCAGUCCAAGGUGACCUUCAACCUGACCUACGAGGAGCUGCUGACGAGGCGGCUGGGCACCUACAACCACGUCAUCAACCUGUACCCGGGCCAGGUGGUGCGAGACCUGCAGGUUGACGUGUUCAUCAAAGAAGCGAGGAACAUCACGGUGUUGCGGAUCCCCGAGCUGCAGUCCGGCAACGAGAUAGAUCCAGAGGAGGACAAGAAAGCGAACCCGCUGGCGACGGUGGAGCGGCCCUCGCCCGCGGAGGCGCACGUGCGCUUCGCCCCCAGCGCGGGGCAGCAGCUCGCCCUUGGGCAGGAGGGCGGCGGGGGACUGCGGGGGCAGCUCGUGGUGCGCUACGACGUGCAGCGGGAGCCGCAGGCCGGCGAGGUGCUGGUUAACGACGGCUACUUCGUGCACUUCUUCGCCCCCGCCGAGCUGCCGCCGCUGCGCAAGCACGCGGUGUUCGUGCUGGACGUGAGCGGCUCCAUGGAGGGACGCAAGAUCGACCAGCUGAAGGAGGCCAUGUCGGCCAUCUUGGACGAGCUGCGCGAGGGCGACUUCUUCAACCUGGUGGAGUUCUCGUACUCGGUGACGGUGUGGAACCUGGACUCGGCGGCCGCCAGCUCCGUGUUCUCGCCGCUGAGCGCGUACGCCUACGACGACGAGCCGCGGCACCCGACCGCGCGCACGCCGGCAUUCCCCGCCACGCCCGAGUACGUGCGCAAGGCCAAGGACAUCGUGGCCAAGAUGCGCGCCGGCGGAGGCACCAACAUCCACGACACGCUGAAGACCGCGAUCGCCGUGGCGCGCGAGGGCCUGGCCAACGUGACGGUCGCCGGCGACCCCCCGGAGCCCAUCAUCGUGUUCCUGACGGACGGUGAGCCGACGGUGGGCGAGGUGCGGCCCGCCAAGAUCCUGUCGACCGUGGGCGAGCUCAACGACGGGCCGCGCGCCGCCAUCUUCAGCCUGGCCUUCGGCGACGACGCCGACGUGGGCUUCCUGAAGAAGCUGUCGCUGCGCAACUCCGGGUUCGCGAGGAAGAUCUACGAGGCGGCGGACGCGGCGCUGCAGCUGAGGGACUUCUACCGCCAGGUGGCGUCCCCGCUGCUGGCCAACGUGACCUUCACGUACCCUCCGGGGCAGGUGGAGGAGGGCUCGCUGACGAGACGCCGGUUCCACACGUUGUUCUCGGGCGCGGAGCUGGUGGUAGCGGGCCGGCGCGGGAGCGGGGACCCGGGGCUGGCCGCCGAGGUCAGCGGGCUGUCCCUGGACGGGCCCUCGCUGUUCCCUGCGGGCGGGACGCGCCCCGCGGGCACCGCCCCCCUGGAGCGCCUCUGGGCGCACCUCACCGUGCGACAGCUGCUGGAGGACAGUGACGCGCUGGGCGGCGACCCCGACAACACCACGGAGAAGGGCGAGGCGGCGAGGCGCAGGGCGUUGCAGCUGGCGCUCAAGUACUCUUUCGUGACACCACUGACAUCACUGGUCAUUGUGAAACCCAACGAAACGAAGUCUGUGGACUCUGAAGCCAUACAUCCAGCUAAUGAUGGGGGACACUACGCUUUACCACUGCACGGAGGUAAUUUGUUUGCAAAUCGUAGCCCGUUCGACCGUCUGGACUCGCCGGCGUAUCCGUCCUACCUCACCCCGCCCCAGCCAAUGGGCAGGCCCGACGGCGCUCCGGUCAUGUUCAGCGAUCAGUUCCACCUCGAUGAGGCCGAGGACGCGCUGGACGGGGGAGGGGCGGACUUCCUGGUGACCUUGGACGACCUGGCUUGGCUUCACGACGCCACCAACGGCACGGACACCAUCCUGCUGCCCGUCGGAGCCAACGGCACGGAGGAGGUGUUCCGGCUGGCCUUCAACCAGACGGAGCCCAGCCUCGUGGCGUGCUCCACCACCUCGGGCACCACGGGCGUGUGCCGACACAUGGCCCACUGCGUGCUGGACUCCUUCCGCCAGGACGUGCGCGCCUACCUGCGCUACUUCUGCAGCAUAGGCAGGUACGCGGGCGUCUGCUGCCCCGACCACAUCCACCAGGAGCAGGACACAACGACAGAGGCCGACGAGGUCACGACCCUCGCGCCAGAGCAAGACGCCACCCACAGUUCCUAGCUCGCGACCGGCCCCUCCUGCGAGACAGCUCGAGAAGAACUCUCUACCUCUCGGCCACACUCCCGGGAUGCAGAAUAAGGUCGUGAGCGAGCGAAUAAUUUUAUUCAGCGUAACAUAAUCAUAUUCCUUGUGUAUUUUUUAUACAUGAAGUUAUUAAUAUAUUUCCUACUUAAAGAGUAUUUUGUGUUGGAGAACAGAGGACAAUGAUAUUUGCGAUGUUGCUUAUAAUAAUUGCGGGGUUUCGAUCCAGUAUGGAUCGUUAAACAACACAGUGGUUAAUUAAACAUCAGAUUCUCAUCAAAAAUAUAAGGCAACCUUGUACAGUUUAUAAAACCAUGUUACUAAAGUGAAUGACACUAUGGGUUUUUUUUUUAUGUUUUAAAAAUACACAACUAUAAAUUUUUACCCAGUAUGUUGUGUUGAGAGAAGACUGACUUAUGUUGAUGUGUUUUGUUUUGAAAGGUAACAUGAAACCAGACAAAAAGUUUGAAAAAUUCUACAUUAAAUUUUGUACCUUGAAUUAGCUUUUGAGACAUCAUAUUUUAUCUAACUCUUGUGUUAGAGUUUAUACACAAUUGUCAAAAAAAAUUAAUGUUAGAGAUAGAAAAAAAGUUGUGAAUAGGUUAUAUUACAAUAUGAAGAGUUAACAUCACAGUAUGAAGUAUUUUGUUGCAUUUCAAUUUACAAAAUUUUGUACCUUCUUUUAGGGUACAUGGACAUAUCUCUAUUAUAUAUAUAUUUGUAUAUUUUGACCAUUAUUUAAAUAAGUGGUUUUGUACAUAGUAAUUUCUAUUACCUAAUUGCAAGUUUAUAAGCUUUGUAUACUCAAAAAAAUAAACAAGUCAAAAA